UACAUGUCGAAUUAUAUAAAUGUAAUACAAUUUUUCGAAAUGAUUCUACAUUUUGUAAUAAAUCAACUAUGUAUAAAUGUAUUAAUUCAUCGAAAUGCAUAUCAAACUAUCGUCUUUUAGAUGGUAUAAACGAUUGUGAUUAUGGAGAUGAUGAACAAUGGACAAUAUUCAAUGAUCUUUCUUUUACAAGGAAAUCGCAAACACAUUUCUACUGUGCUGAAACAAAAAAGUACAUUUCUCGAAAGUUGAUUGGAGAUGAUCUUUGUCAAUGCUAUGUUGAAUUCUACGAGAUAUGCGAAGAUGAAUUAUUAUUUAUCAAGCAUGUUAGAGAACAUAUAUCAUUUCCAUCCAUUUGCAAUGGUAUUAUUGAUUUGAUACCUUUGAAUGUAAGUGGACGAAACGAAACAGACGAAACAGAAUGUGAACAAUGGUCUUGUAAUAAUAGUUACACUCGUUGUAAUGGACUAUGGAAUUGUUUUGAUGGAGCUGAUGAAGUUGAUUGUUAUCCAACAUCGCUAAUACAGUGUCCACCACAGAAUCAUGUAUGUUUUUCACCUGAAACAAUCGAAUUAAUAUGUCUCGCUAAAGAUAAAGGAAAUAACGGUCAUAUCGAUUGUCUUGGUGCUACCGAUGAACCACAAUUAUGUAGAGAACAUAUCUAUUCAGUCGAGGAAGCUGGAUUUUAUUAUGUAUCUGAUGGCGUAGAAUAUUGUGCUUCCCGUUAUGGCAUAUGUAGUGAAGGAGGAAUAAACUGCAACGACAAAAAUAAUGAGACAUUUUGUAACCGUACCGAAUCCUUUGAUUUUGCUCGUGUCGAUGAAAUCUGUAACGAAAAGAAUACCCCGAAUCUAUCAGAUAUGGAACAACUUUUAUGUAAUCUUUUUAUAUUUCAAGUUGUACCAAAAAUUACGCACUUCUCUCUAAAUGAAAAGACAAAAUCAAGUAACUCAGUAACAAAAGACAAUGUCAACACAGUGUCUAUCUCGCAAAUGGAUCUUGAAUCAUCGGUACACUGUCAUCGAGGUCUCGAUUUACGAGUUUGGUCAGACAUUAAUGAAAAUUUAACCAAUCUUACAUGUCUUUGUCCACCAAGCUAUUAUGGUGAUACGUGUCAGUAUCAAAAUCAACGUGUUGGUCUUACAAUAAAAUUUCAAGCAUUUUUUGAUUCUUGGCGAAUACCA